AACAUAAACAUAAGCAAAACCAAAAUAUUAUACUUUACACCAUUCUCUCUUUUCUUCUACUUCUCUGCUUCACUGUAGAAAAAGAGAAGAAAAGAGAUCAUCACUACAAUCAAAUUACAUAUUCUGGUAAUCUUCCUAAUAAUUUUUAAAUAUUUUUAUUCCAUCUAUUCAUUUAUAGUUGAGUUUAAAUAUAUUUGUUUUCAUUCUUAUGAAGAUUGUUUUUUAGCCAACUUUGUGCAGACCCAUCUCCAAAUUUUGCAUUUUCUCAAAUAUUCAUUUGAUUUUGGAGAAUAAUUUAUUCUGUUGUGUUUUGGGUUUUAUAAGGAUUGUGCAAAGCUUGAAACUUUGGCAGUAGCUAUGGAUAGAAAUAGUAUGCAGGUUAGGAACCAAGGUGUUGCAUUUUGUAAUUCUGGUGUUAAAGCUCAGUUAUUUAUUCAGGAGAAUGUUACUUUUAAGAAAAAUGGUUAUCAUGCUCGUGGAUUGUUUGCUAGUGUUAAUCAAGUAGGUAAGGGAUUUGGGAUUUCUCCAAAUUCCUCUAAUUCAUUAGAAAAUGCCACAAACACAAAAUUUCAUGCUGCUAGUAUGCAGAUGAAAUAUGUGGUUAGUGAACCAGCUUUGCCCGUUGAGAUGACUGCUGAGUCGGAGGCUUUAGAAUUAGAAUUACAGGGAGAGAAAGAAAAGGUGGUGGAGACGAAAAAGAAGGCCGGUGGAUUUAAAUGGAAAGUUAAGGUUGGAAAUCAGGCUCUGAGGAGGUUGCUCAGUGGCGGAAUUGCGGGUGCUGUUUCGCGCACUGCUGUUGCUCCUUUGGAGACUAUUAGAACGCAUUUGAUGGUGGGGAGUUGCGGACAUUCAUCAAUGGAGGUGUUUGAUAACAUCAUGAAAAGUGAUGGCUGGAUGGGCCUUUUUAGGGGCAAUUUUGUUAAUGUUAUCCGAGUUGCACCAAGCAAAGCUAUUGAGUUAUUUGCUUAUGAUACAGUCGUGAAGCACUUGACUCCUAAACCAGGAGAACAGCCAAUUAUCCCAAUUCCUGCUUCAUCAAUAGCCGGUGCUGUUGCCGGAGUCAGCUCCACAUUAGUCACAUACCCUCUUGAGUUACUCAAAACUCGACUAACUGUUCAGAGAGGAGUGUACAACAAUCUCGUUGACGCCUUCUUAAAGAUUGUACGAGAGGAAGGACCCGGCGAACUUUACAGAGGUCUCACGCCUAGUCUAAUUGGAGUAGUCCCAUACGCUGCUGCGAAUUACUUUGCAUAUGAUACGUUGAGGAAAGCAUACAAAAAGGCUUUCAACAAGGAAGAGAUUGGAAAUGUCAUGACUCUAGUAAUUGGAUCAGCUGCUGGCGCAUUCUCGAGUACGGCAACAUUCCCGCUUGAGGUAGCUCGAAAACACAUGCAGGCUGGCGCUCUUAACGGGAGUCAAUAUCGGAACAUGCUUCAUGCUCUCGUGAGCAUUCUUGAGAAAGAAGGAAUUGGAGGUUUAUACAGAGGAUUGGGCCCAAGCUGCAUGAAACUAGUUCCUGCAGCUGGUAUUUCUUUUAUGUGCUAUGAGGCAUGCAAGAGGAUAAUUGUUGUGGAAGAGCAAAAAGCUGUUGACAUGCAUUAAUUCAGUUUGGUCUUCUUAUGUGGUUUAGUUAGGAUUUAAGUUAGAGGAUAUGUUUUUGAAGAAAUGACAUGAAUUGGUUACAGUGUUCUCAAUUUGCUACUAUUUCAUGAAAAUUUGAUAUGGAUUGGAAAAGUUAAGAGGCAUUUUAGCAAUUGAAGAGAGAGUGUAGACUCUCGGCCACAAAUUUAUAGCAUUUUUAGAGAAGGGUUUUCAUCCAUAGCAUUUUGAGGGAAGAUCAUUUUGGACCACAAAUUUAUGUUACAGAUCCAUUAUGACUAAUUUUAUGUAUUUAUGUCCUACAGAAUUAAAAGUUUAUGUUUUCAGGUUAAAUCUAAAUUUUUGCUAUUUUGGACA